UAUCGUACGGGUUGUCGCGUGAUGGUUGGGACUGAGAUUUACUUUACCCUUCCCAUGAAACUGACUUAUUCGCCGCCCAACCCCAUUCAUUAGUGGGCUUUCCUUUCCUUCUUUGAGAUCAUUACUCCACUGGGUACCGGCUUUUUAUCCCUUUCAAGUAUCCUCCAGCUCCUUAAGGUUUAGCAUACAAGCUACAACAAACCAAAGAAGAGACUCUUCACACAUUGAAAUGAGUGCAGAAAUGGGAGACCAUGGAAAGCAAGCACCAGAGAGGUAUGCGGUGGUUACCGGUGCAAACAAGGGCAUUGGACUUGAGACUGUCCGGCAGCUUGCAACCUCCGGCGUGACGGUCGUGUUAACGGCCAGAGACGAGAAGAGGGGUGUAGCUGCCGUGGCGUCGCUCCAUGAGUCAGGUCUAUCAAAUGUAGUCUUCCACCAGCUUGAUGUUCAGGACCCUGAUAGCAUCAAUUCCUUGGCCAAAUUUUUACAGAUUCAAUAUGGAAGGCUUGAUAUCUUGGUAAACAAUGCUGGAGCUUCUGGAGUGAUAGUUGAUGAGGAUGGCCUAAGGGCCCUAAACAUAGAUCCAACUUCUUGGCUCUCAGGCAAGGCAACCAAUUUGGUACAAGGUGUGAUUAAAUCAACCUAUGCAAGUGCAGAACAAUGCUUGAACAUCAAUUACUAUGGUUGCAAGAGAGUGGCAGAAGCUCUUCUUCCCCUGCUACAGCUUUCCACUUGCGGAGGAAGGAUAGUAAAUGUCUCUUCCCUCCGCGGUGAAUUAUGGCGGAUUCCCAGUAUGGAGACAAGGAAAGAACUAGCAGAUAUAGACAAUCUGACAGAAGAUAAAAUUGAUAGGAUAGUGGAAAAGUUUUUGCAUGAUUUUAAGCAAGACGAGCUCGAAGCCAAUGGAUGGUCAAAAAUGCUGCCUGCAUACAGCGUAUCAAAGGCCACCCUUAAUGCCUAUACCAGAGUUCUUGCCAAGAAGUACCCUAACAUGUUAAUCAACUGUGUCCAUCCUGGAUAUGUUAAUACAGAUAUAAAUUGGCAUACAGGGACUUUGACAGUGGAAGAGGGAGCUAAAGGUUCUGUCAUGCUGGCUCUUCUACCCGAAGGAGGUCCUACUGGUUGCUACUUUGAUCGUACCGAGGUCGCUGAAUUUUAAAUAUCCCUCUAUUAUAAAUGGCAGCUGGACCAUCUCUUUGUACUGAAUUUUGAACAUCAUUGUUGUCGUAACAAACGCUUCUGAGUUCCAAAUAAAUACAUGCCAUUAGUUUUUCUUUUGAA